GUUUCUCAACGCUGACGUUAGCGCGUUCCGUGAGCUGUACCAGUUGGGCCGUAUGGGGCCCAUCGUCGACUUAGGUGAGUUCCCUAACGAGGCUGAGGAGGGCUGGGGCACGGCUGAGCUCAGAUACAAAUGCACCUGCCUCAAUGACGACGGGUCCCUGUGUGGUGCUGCGUUCGGAUCCCGCAAGGCCCUCGCGAUGCACAACCCUUUCACGGAAGGUGGCACGCACGGCAAGACAUCGAACAUCCUGAAAUGCGUCAUCACCAACCAGUGCCUGUGUUGCCUGCAAGCGUUUGCGUUCCGGAGGUUGAAGGUGCCGCGGAAGGAUCGGAACGAAGGACUGGGAGCUCUCGCCGACGCGGGGUUCAACAAGGAACAACAGGACGUGGUCGCCGUCUUAAUCGAAGAAGUUCCCAUGGCGUCUCAUAUGCUACGAGAUCUCUGUGCCCUGGGAGUGGAUGCGUGGUUCCCCGGCUCCAACCUGCCAGAGAUCGAAGCCGCCCGCAGCGAGGGUCAGAACUACAACGAGAAC